CAAUUAUGCCUCGAAUCGGGUCCUCCAAGUCAAAGACAGGCUGCACAACCUGCAAGGUCCGCCGUGUUAAAUGCACCGAAGAACGGCCGGAAUGUCGACGCUGCACGACGACUGGCCGACGAUGCGAAUAUUCCCUUGAUAACACUCAUCACACAGAUAGAAGACACGACAAAACAUCACUCUCUUCCAAUCCCUGCUCAGUGACUUCCACCCCAGAACGCCGGGCCUUUGAAUUCUACUUCCACGCCGCCGCCCCUGGGUUGUCGGGCGUGCUGGACCUGUCCUUCUGGCGCGGCACCGUGCUGCAGAUCUGCCGGUCAGAACCCGCCAUCUGGGAUGCAAUCAAUUCCCUCAGCGUGCUAUACGAGGAUGGGCUUAACCCGCGCGGAAUCCAGUGGUAUCUGCGCUCGCUGGCAGUCUUCCAGGAGAAGAUCGCGCGGGGGACGAUCGAGCUGGGCGUGGCGCUGGUCAGCUGUGCGCUGUUCGUUGCCAUUGAGGUCUUGCAGGGGAAUUUCUCUUCUUCGUUGGUUCUCUUCCAUCAGGGGGUCCAGUUGAUAGGAAGUGUUCUUUCAUCAUCAUCAUCAUCAUCAUCAUCAUCAAUGGUAUCAUCCACCGUAGAGACCGUUGCCCCCGUGCUUUUACGCAUGGGAACUUUGCCAUUGAUCGCUGCCGGUCCCUUGACGCAGAAGAUCCAGCACCAACAUAUCCCGGUCUCGUUUACUUCCAUUGCCGAAGCCCGUAUGGCGUUAUAUUCUAUUGUCCAGGAGGUGAGAGGCAGCGUCAGCAGAAAGAGGAAAAAAGACAAGAAUAGCAAGGAAACCCUCGAGGAACAGAUCUACCGGUUACUCUGCUGGCAUCAACAGUUUCUGUCUCUCCCAGCUCUUCCUGAUCCAGAAUACGCGAGUGUUGUCUCGACCAUCCUAAUGACAUAUCUCAGUGCGUGGAUCUGGGUGAACAAUCACAACAACACAGCCAGUGAAGAAGGAUACGAUCAAUACAUACCUCAGUUCAAACAGAUUAUCGCCCACGCAGCGACGGCUCUCAGCGAGUCCUGUCCACUCCCACAAUCGCCCUUUGUCUUCGAGAUGGGAGUCGGGCUGUCCCUGUUCAUAACGGCGAUAAAGUGUCGAGAUGCGUCGCUGAGGAGACAGGCCAUUGAAUACCUCUCUUUGGCUCCAAAGGUGCAAGGGAUGUACCGCUGUGAGGCGGCCAGGGAGAUAGCAGAGAAGAUCGUCGAUCUGGAAGAAAACGGCCGAAGAGUGUGUGAUUUUAUGAUUCUUCAAGGGGAUAACACUCGUUUAAGGUGUUUCCUGGCGGGAUGCGAAAGGGAGAUUCUACUAUCUGAUCAUCAUUCCUACCAGGAGUAUCAUCUAGUCAGCGUGUAUUAUCAUGGAUGAUGGUAAUGCUAAGACUGACUUUCGAUUUAUCCUACUAUCUGUGGAUAGUCUACUUGUUUACACAUGAAGAUAGAUAGCAGAAAUCAAGCCCC